ACCAAGACUCAUUCCGAAAGUUCCUUUGUCUGCUUGGGUUGUCUGGAUGUCUGUAGAGCUGCUGGGCUCUUGCGGCUUCUGCUAUGAUAGACCACAUCCUAGGGCGGCCGUCAACUCGCUUUCGCAAGUACCAAGUGCUCGCCGUCGUCGUCUUCUGGAGCCUCUAUCUGCGCAAGUUUAAGCGACAUGGUCCGCCCGGCGUGGACCGCCUCUCGCGAUGGCUCUCUACACGCUUCAACAUGCACCAGGCGCUCGUCGUGUCUUGCAUGGCUCUGUACGUGACGCGCAACUUUGCUCGAGUGGUGGGACUCGAGUCGCCCGAGCCGUUGGCCAAUCUGUACGAUAAGAAGUUCUUUCGAGCCACCUGGGUCACGACCGCACUUGAUGCGGGCUUUUGGACUGCCAUGCAUCUCAGGCCAAAGUGGCUCAGACAUGUGUGCGAGAUCGUCUUCACGCUGUACUACUUGGUCUGUGCAGAGCAAGCAGACGAAAUGGUGCGCAGAGUCAGAGGCGAUCUGCGCGUGGAGCAUCUGCGCGUGAGCUGGAACAAGCCAAAUACACCCAUACUGAAGUUCUUUAUGGGCUUGAUGAGGCCCAAGCUUAUGAAGUAUGAGCCAAGAAAGAUCAAGAUACACAGACCCAAAGACAGCGACUACACGGAACCAAUAGAUGCGUGGCUGUACUUCGAUGGAUCAGAUACAGAAUUGCGCCGCCAACGCGAAAUCGUGCUGGACAUUCCCGGAGGCGGUUUCGUGGCCAUGGACCCACGAUGCCACGACGACAAGCUGAUGUCGUGGGCCGGCAAGCUGGGCUGUCCGGUGCUGGCACUCGACUACAAAAAGGCGCCAGACGAGUGCUACCCUUACCAGCUUUAUGAGUGCUACGACACAUAUUACCAGCUAAUCAUGACACGUGGUCGGUGCAUCAACCUAUCUGGAGAGCAUGUGCCCAAAAUCAUCAUCAGUGGAGACAGCGCAGGUGGCAAUCUUGCAGCAGGCACAGUACUGAUGGUCCUCGAUGAGAAGUCCCAGCACUCCACUUGGCACACGGGCUUUAUAUCGAACACUCUUCCUCCGCCGGAAGCUGUCGUCCUCAUCUAUCCAGCUCUCGAGCUCAACAUCGGCAUUUGGAUGUCCGAUGAGCAUCUCGCGCUGAUGAACUCUCUGAGACGCAACAAAGACGACAAACGCGUGCUUGACCGCAAGACCGAAGACUAUCGUCGCAUAGACCGCACCACGCCGUAUACAUCUGAUGCUGAAGACUCAGACGAUACCGUGACGCCUAGACCCCGGCGCAAGUCGUCGGUGGCUCAACAGCCUGAGAAGCGUAUGAAGACACGGUUAGCUAUGAGCAGUGUAAUCUCAUAUACGAACGACCGCAUUAUUAGCCCAGAAAUGCUCCGAGCAAUGAUCAUUGUCUACAUUGGCCCGCAUCGAAGACCAGACUUCACCACAGACUACUGGCUUUCCCCCGUUCGAGCACCGGAAGAGCUACUCGCAAAAUUCCCGAAGACAUUCUUGAUAUGCGGUGAGCGCGAUCCCCUCGUGGACGAUACGCAGAUUUUCGCAGGGCGGUUGCGACAGGCUAAACUGUUGGAGUUCAACCGCCGUAAAGAGGUCGGCCUCGUUAGUGAAGAAGCAGUCUUCAACGACGAGGACCAUUUCAAGAAGAUCAUUGUUCCACAGAUCAGCCACGGAUUCCUUCAGUUCGUGAGUCUAUACCACGAUGGCUGGGAGUGGAUUCAUGAAUGCAGACGAUUCAUGCAGCAAGCAUUCAUUGAUGCUUAUACACGAGAACCGUCCUCUGUCGCAUCGAAUGGCGGCACUGACUACUUCUCGAAUCCUCGCGGCAGCACCUCUCGACGUGGAUCAGAUUUCGAGCGACCGCUCGAAAUUCCUUCAAAGUUUAGAAUGACUAAAAUUGAUGCUGGUGGUAUCACUUCGCCACAGCAGCGUCGAAGUAAUCAUUCGAGGAGCGGAAGUGGAGGGGGACGGCACUCAAGUCAGGUAGGCUCGUCUCUGACUUCAAACUCGAGGAGGAGCAGUACGAGGGCGCGGAGAACACAUUACAUGUCCGGAGCGAUGAGUCCAAGUGCCAAUAGGAAUGCUGUCAAUCGACUCGCCAGUAGCGAGGAUUUGCUCGAACGGCGAAUGAGAGUCAUGACAGGACCAUUGUUUUCAAAAGAUGACAACAACUGACAUUGAAUGUGUUUGGGUGACAUGGUCAGACGCUGGCGUGGAUUCCCCAUCGGCAGGAAAUACAACGAGAAGUUGCAAUUGUCGUCUUCGGAUUUGUCUUCGCGAAGGUACCCCCACAGCUUGUGGUAACCCAUUGCCGGAGCUUGGAGAUUAGGUAUGUUUGGACGAUGUGUAAACCAGCGGGAAGUGUGAGAACAUGAGGAAGUUGGCGAGCAUGAGUCUUUCGAGUUGUAUAGAACAGAUACAAGGCACUACGAAUGCCCGUUGGCCAAAAGUGCCAUCCCUGACGCCAUGGUGUAUAUCUCGCUCGCUCAAUCCUCGCACACGCUCGCAACUUUUGGAAUAGUCAAGCCCUUUUACGCAACAGCCUUCACGGCGAAGUUCCUCUGAGGGAAGUGUCUCUGCUUCUUCUUCUGCUUCUCGGUGACGCGUGCCGCAUCCUCUGGAGACAGACGGCGGCGGAUGGCGCGAGUCUGCUUGGCACGAAGAUCGAGUGGCAGGUACUUCUUCUUUUGGUAGAAGAGACGGAGCUGGGCGCGUUGGUUGGCGUUGAUGAUGGUGAGCACGCGAGCGAUCGAUUUGCGGACGUCGUGGAUCUUGUUGAGCUUCGAGGAAGCGCCGCCAGCAAUCUUCUGUGUGCGCAGCUGCACCAGCUCGGCCUUCAAGUCAUCGAGCUGCUUCUUGAGCUCGUCCUUGUUCUUGCCCCAAAGCGCAGAGGCCUUGACUUUUCCGGACGA